GAUGGCGUCGUGAGGCUGGUGGAGGGAACACCUCCCCCCCCUACCACACACCUGUAGGACACUGGCCUACACACCUGCAUGAAGAAGUCCAAGGGCAUCAGAUCAACCAUGAGCUACUUCAGCGACUCCGGCAGAUACCCAGAAGAGGAACGACGCCCCGAUCCCCCAUACCUGCAACAGCAGUACCCACCGAACUACAAUUACCUCCCUGACUAUCAUAACUACCCCACGGCCACUAGGGACUACCCGAUGCGUGGGGCGAACAGGGACUACCAGAGCACCAGGGACUAUCUGAACGGACCUGUGGACUACCCUAGUAGUGGAGGCUACCAGGGCGGGCAACACAGCUACCAGAACGGACCGAGGGACUACCAGAGCUUGGUCAAAGACUACCAGCACGACCCCCCGCCCUACCACAGUACCAUGGGGGAUAGCAGCGAGAAUAGCCCCAGGGGGCACAACACCGGGCCUAGGGACUACCAGAGUGGCGCUAGGGACUAUCCCGACGGUGCAAGAGACUAUCCCGACGGGGCUAGAGACUAUUCGACGGGACCUCGCGACUACCGGCGCGGGGAGCGCGAAGUACCGGACCAACAGCGGUACGGUACCAGUCCCAGACACCGGUAUCGCAACGCCGACGAUUAUCACUACGAUUACCGCGGGGGCUACCGCCCCUCGGUGGAUUCCGACCCCCGCGACGGCUACACGACCGACGGGAGCGGCUCCGGCUACCGGGAAGGAAGCGUAAGGGGCUACGAGAACUACCGGUACCCAGAGAACGAAGCCCUUCUACCAAGGGAUAGGCUCCAGUACCCAUUCUCUCACCAGGCCAACGGUACGACCUACACUAAAGGUGAGGACGACCUCUCUAUCCCAACUAUUAACUAUUAUGCUAAUAAUUCCCAUGCUAUUAACAUACCAUUAUUCUUUCUUCAUUAA